GUUUUCUAGAUCUGUAGGUAUCAAAUCCGCAAUGCAUUCUGGACUGGUUUGGUAACAAUAUUCCUGUUUAUGACGACAAUCGCAAUAUAAAUUUUUGUCAGGUCGAAUAUAGACAUCAAAACGGAUCCUAAGCACAACUUCCUUGAAAUUUUGUACCUUCACAUCGAAAAUGGGUAAAGGAAAACAGCUCGUAGAGUCGGAUUGUAAGGUUUUUGAGCCGUGUGUGAUAGUUCAUGGAGGAGCUUGGUCGGUCCCCUUAGAACUGAGGGAAGUCUCCUUGGAAGGAGUUCAAGAAGCUGCGACGGCCRGUUAUGAAGCGAUGUUAAAGGGAGGUAAUGCAAUUGAUGGUGUAGAAGCUGCAGUGCGAAGCCUUGAAGAUAACCCAAUAUUUAACGCAGGGCACGGCUCCGUCUUAACAGAAGAUGGAACUGUUGAAAUGGAUGCGAUGAUAAUGGACGGAAAAACUUUGAGCACAGGUGCAGUCGCUUGUGUCUCACAUGUUCCCAAUCCAGUAACCCUUUCACGUCAUGUAAUGGACAAAACACCACACUGCUUGCUGGUUGCAGAUGGAGCUCACAAGUUUGCAACAAAGAACAAUCUCCCGAUGAUAGAUGAUCCAACCACAUUGAUCAGCCAUUUUUCUGUGUUGAAGAGCAAGUACCUCAAUGGCGUUGAAGGUCCAAAAGAUUUUAAUCUAAUUCUCAAAGCAACGAUGAAUACAGAGAGCCUAAAGAAUACAAAGAACCSAAAUUGCAUAAAAGAGUUUUUGGCACAACAGUUAAAGCAUGACACUGUUGGAGCCGUUGCUAUGGACUGUCAUGGAAAUAUUGCCUGUGCCACUUCUACAGGAGGAAUCCCUUGCAAGAUGGCAGGAAGAGUAGGUGAUUCUCCUAUGGUUGGUUCUGGGGGUUAUGCCAAUCCUUUUGCAGGUGUAUCAACCACAGGGCAUGGUGAAUCCAUUCUCAAGGUUGUACUUGCCCAUGAAAUCACAAAAAAUGUUGAAAGUGGUUGUCAACCUUCAGAGGCUUGUAGUAAGGCUUUAAGCAAGAUGUAUGAUCUAACCAGUGGUCAGGGUGGGGCUAUCUGCAUCGACAGCAAUGGGGAUUAUGGGAUGGCAUUUACCACAGAAGCCAUGUGUUGGGCUGCGGUAAAAGGUGGAAUUAUGAAGUAUGGAGCGUCACCAGGAGAAUUUUUACAGCAUGACAAAUUAUAUUAAACUAGUUUAACAAUCUUUUAAGGAAAAAAAAAAUUUUUUUUUAAUCCAAAAUAAAAAAUUCAGUUAAAAAUGGAUCUUCCRAAUUGAAUUUACACUCUCUGUUCAACUUUUUUUGGUUAACCUUUUUUGGGAAAAGCUGAUUGACGUGGAAUGAUAUGGAGACUGGAAAGCAUUUCUAGAAUGUGAAAUAUUUUCACCACAAUAAUCAUAUAAAAAAUCUAAAUAAUUACAACUGUUAUGAGAAUGUUCAAAAUAAGAGACAUAUUUUGGAAAUUUUUGGCAUCUCAUCUCUACUAUUCAUUAAAUUUGUAAACRAAAAAUAUCUACCAUAAAUUGAUUCCUACAAUAGAAUGAUGUUAGUACCUCUUUAGAUUGGUAAUAAUGUUUUUCCCAUUUCAGACCAUGUGUCAUUCUCUUAAAUGUCAUUUCUUUCUUAACAACUGCACGCAAGAAGACACAUGAUUACAGAUACAACUAGAACAAUAGAUUUAUUCUCAAGAAAAUGACAUGAGUAUGAGAUGGGAAAACAUUAAUUUGUUUUCAUUUAAAUAUUAAAUCAUAUCAAUACUCAGUUCCAAGUUCUCUGUCGCUCAGGGUUAGCCACGAUUUUGCGUAGAAUAUUCAUGUGUUCCAGUGAAGUUCCAGUGAAUUUAAAAGUGUUUGUAUUAUUGAAGUUGUGCACUUUUACUUUACCAUUGGUAUUUCUGAAUAUAUAGACACUGAUAUGAGACUAACGCUGAGUAAAUGUGGUAAUUUGGAACUCGACAAUGAAUUAUUCCAACAGACUAGCAUAAUUAUCUUAGAAGCAAAAUUAGACUUAAAUGUAAAUAUUUUGCUAUGUUAUUUUUAAUUGGGAUUCUAAUUAGGUGAAUAAUUCAAUUUUUUUCUCACUAUUCUUGGAACAGCAUUUAGUAUGUAAGGAGGUAAGUAAUUUAUUUAUUCACGUAGACACACAGGAGCUUACAAUAAAGUCUCGUUAGAACGUGCGCAUGCUUGACUAAAAUCUAAAUAAUACAAUAGUCCCUCUACUAGAGUAGACUGAGAAGUAUGUGAUUAAUGGCCCCUAAUGAUCUGUAAUUAAUAUUACUGGGAUUAAUGAUCCUUAAUAAUCCUUAAUAGUUUGGGAUCAAUAAUACUUCAAAGUAAAUAAAUUGUAUUCAUUUGCUAUAUCAUCAAAACCUUUUUUGCUUUAUCAUAAUAACUAGGGAGGGUAAGCAUUGGUUAAAAUAGCUUGUCGUCAAAUGUAAUUAGACUUGUACCCUUCGAGCAGAGGUUUUUUUUCCUUUCCAAAGGGUGAACGGGAUCAAAAUGGAAGGCAAAAAAAAGUCGGCUAGCAGAGUAUCACACAGGAAAAAUUUAACAUUUGAUUCACUUAAAAUUAACAAGAGAUAAAAUGUAUAUUUGUAAGGCUAUUCUUUCAAUUAGUAUGCAUUAGAAAAAAAGUGAUUUGUAAAGCUAAAUUAAUCUUGAAUAAAAUAAUGAGUCUCCUUUGCA